AUGCACUCUGACACCCAAAGCCACAUCGAGGCUGGCAUCAGAGACCGGCAACGUGGCACCAGAGGACUGGAAAGUAACACUUUCCACAGCAGCACCUUCCGACAGGUCCGGGACUGCCAAUGGGGGAAAGUCCUCCUCCCUGAAGAGGUUCACAGGCCCGACCCGGCUCGCAUCACAUCCCGCAGCCUGAUGGCCCGAGAAUCCGCACCGGAAACACGUCCGGGGCUGACCCCCAUAGAACACGCAUACCAUGAACCCCAGAAGCUGGAGAGACGAAGGGAUGGAGUCCUUCAAGCGCAGCGCCACAGUGCGGGUCCCAUUCGGGAUACCCUUCCACCGUCUGGAGGAGACUGCAUUCAUUCGGACACUCAAGACCCGCCCAUACCGGGUAAAGUUAUGCUGGAGAAGAGAGUCAGGGAACUCAAAAGGAGCACCAUGAACUGCCACAUAGGUAGUCUCACUGCACCUGUCCGACACUUCCACCGAACCACCACCCUCAGGCAGAGUAAAUGUCCUUCCGUCAUAGCGGUCCACAAAGGCACAAUGCACAGCCGUAGUGCAGAAUUUCACAACAGCUCGAUGCCCGGAUACAAGUUGAACGCCGCACACAGACGCCACAUCCACCCGCAACAUGUCAAUUAUCACCACCUCAACUGCCGGGUUAGCCAAUAUUGUGACUCUAGGCUAGAAUAUCGGCCAAUUAGAGCCCGUUCUUGCUUGAGCUAUGGUGAUAAAAGGGGCGGGCAGGCCACACUCACCACAGUUGGAGUCGCUCGUGCAUCGGCUGUAGAGAUAUUCAAGAUGAUUACAAUAUGGAUGUUUAUGUUGAGUGUUGGUGGAAGUUUGGGUCAAUACUUCGGUCACGGAGGAGAAUCUCUUACUGACCAACAAAUCCAACGCAUAGCUUUACCUCUACCAAAUACAGCUAGAGCACAAAAAGAGUUUGUAAGGAAUUUGCACAUUGGGAACACCCUCCCAGUUCAGCAGGUCUUCCCUGUUCAGCCUCGCUUACAGCCUUUACUCAUUAAUCAGUUCAACCUUCCCCAAACCUUUGAAAUCCAGCCGCAGGUCUUCCAGUCACAAGUGGCAUUUCCCCAAUUCUUGCCACAACCGCCUCUGGUUCAGUCUUCUCCUCCACUACCUGCACAGUCGCCCCUGAACCUCUGUGGCCACUCCUCUGCUCUGGUACACGCCACUUACAAAAGCCGCGGGUACCACUUCUCCUGGUGCAGAACCCAGGCCACCUUCAGUUGGGAUCAAGGCAAUUCCUAUUGUUCAGGCCUUGGCAGAGACUUCAGACUUGUCAGUAUAGAAUCUAAAGAUAUUGAUGACUUCAUUACAGACAUCAUUGAUAGACAUCCAGUAAAGUUCUUCUGGACUGGCGGCAACAUACGAGGUUAUGGCGUCUGGCGGUGGCUGUCGGGAAGCUUGGUGACUUACAAUAAGUGGUCCCAUACUGGAGGGAAAGGUCAACCACAACCAGACAACCGCGAGGGAAACGAAGACUGCUUGGCGGUGAUGAAGAACUUCUACAACGACGGCAUUAAGUGGCACGACAUUGCUUGCUACCACGAUAAGCCCGUCAUUUGUGAGACUUCAGUCGUGCCUUCUCCAUAUUCUAACUUUUAAUGAAAUCGACCAACAAUGGCACUAAUUAUGAAGGGUAAACUCGCUGCUUUUAUUAAUUCUUGCAUAACUUGUAAAUAUACAUAAAUUUACAUAUAC